CGUCGUGGUUGACGUCGAAUUCCAAGUCCCACGGUCCCAUUACCCACCGCGCAAACAGCAGCUGGGGCACACUUGUCACCCGCUGCUGCUCCACUGCCCUGCGCCGGUCAGCUAGCAGCCACAGAGAGUGGUAUGGUAUGUGAGCACGUCACGUUUCCUAAUCCUCGCUACUAGUACGCGCGUGGCCCGGUCCGGCCGGCGGGCUCGACGUCGCGCCGCCAGAGCCUUUCUCUGACUGUUUGGCGCAUGAGCAGGGGAGGCUUCUCCGUUGUCUCCGGCGGCGGCGCGUCGCGUUGGUGUUUGGCUGUGCUAGCUAGCUCGCUAGCCAGACCCGAGAUGCCGCCGGCCGCCGCGUCGUGGUCGUGGGCGUGCUGCGGCCGCCGGAGGAAGAGCGCCGGGGACGGCGACGGCCCCGGCGCGUCGGGGCGGGAGGGGGACCAGUGGACUCUCUUCAUCGACCUGCCCGUGCUGGAGGCCGCCACCGCCGGCUUCUCCGACGGCAACCUGCUCGGCCGCGGCGGCUUCGGCCCCGUGUACAAGGGCGUGCUGGAUGGCGGGCAGGAGAUCGCGGUGAAGCGGCUGUCGCUGGAGUCGCGGCAGGGGGUGCGGGAGUUCCUCAACGAGGUGCGGCUGCUGCUCAAGGUGCAGCACCGCAACCUGGUCUCCCUCCUCGGCUGCUGCGCCGCCGCCGGCCACAAGAUGCUCGUCUACCCCUACUUCCCCAACGGCAGCCUCGACCACAUCCUCUUCGACAGGAAGAAGAGGGUGCAGCUAGACUGGCCAAAACGGUACCAAAUAAUCCUCGGACUAGCGAGGGGCCUCCUCUACCUCCAUGAAGAAUCCCCGGUGAAGAUCAUCCACAGGGACAUCAAGGCGAGCAACGUGCUCCUCGACGAGAAGCUGAACCCCAAGAUCUCGGACUUCGGCAUGGCGAGGCUCUUCCUCGAAGACGCCACGCACGUGAACACGUUCAGGAUCUCUGGCACAUAUGGUUAUAUGGCCCCGGAGUAUGCGAUGAGCGGGUACUUAUCGACCAAAACCGACGUUUUCAGCUUCGGGAUGCUCGUGCUGGAGAUCGUGAGCGGGAGGAAGAACAUCGACCGGCAUCUCGGCGACGAGAAAAUCGACCUGUUGAAUUACACAUGGAAGCUGUCGGAGGAGGGCCGGUCACUGGAGAUCGUGGACCCGGGGCUGUCCGGCUGGGACGCCGGCGAGGUGGCCAUGUGCGUCCAGCUCGGGCUGCUGUGCUGCCAGGCCGUCGUGUCGGACCGGCCGGACAUGUACAGCGUGCACCUCAUGCUCUCCAGCGACUCCUUCACGCUGCCCAAGCCCGGGAAGCCGGCGGUCCACGGCCGGGUCGGCCGGUGGAAGAGCGCCACCGGCUCGGCGUCCAGCUCCGGCUCCGGCGCGAACACGAACACCACGUUCGCCACCGACACGACCAGGGCCUCCACGCUGGGGAACAUUGCUGAAGAUGAAUCCAGGAACUCCAUUUCCAUAUCCUUCACCACGGAGGGCCGGUAAAAAAUGAUACUCUAGUAAGAAAUCAGACGGUGUAGUGAUGGCGCGACCGUGCGAGUGAAUGAUGCACUCUAGAUUAGUACAGGAGGCAGUGUUGUUAGUCUGGUACUCUGGUUGAAUAUAUGUCGGUAGAAUUUCAUGCGUAGAAAUAACCACGUGAUGAACUGACUUAUCUUUUUGAAGAAUAUCAGACAAAUGAGUCCGGAUGGUGUUUCCUAUCGAUUGAACUGCAAAAACGUCAUAUAUUUUGGUA